AUGCCUCAAACGGAAAAAGAAGUUCACAUUCUCCUCGCGCUCACUGGAAGCGUGGCUGCUUUGAAAGCGCCAAUGUUGGUAUCUCUCCUGAAGGAGCUCGAGAUUCCCGACCACGUGGUGAAAGUCGAGGUUGUGACGACCAAGAAUGCCAAGCAUUUUUCAGCCCCUCAGGAUGUCAAAGUUUGGUGCGAUGAAGACGAAUGGAAUCAGUGGAGUAAGGUCGGCGAUCCAGUCGUCCAUAUCGAGCUCCGUAGAUGGGCAGAUAUCAUGCAUGCCCCAAUAGACGCGAACACCAUGGCCAAGGCAUGUUCUGGCAUCUGUGAUAACCUAUUGAGCUGCACGAUCAGAGCGUGGGAUCCGGAACGACCUUUAUUAUUCGCACCAGCGAUGAACACGUAUAUGUAUGAGCAUCCUCUGACCCAGGAGCAGAUCCAGAAGCUAAAGACUUUAGGAUAUAUCGAAAUUCCGUCGGUGUACAAAAAAUUGGCCUGCGGAGAUACGGGGUUCGGAGCCAUGGCUGAGGUGGGCACGAUAGCUGCCUGCGUUAAAGAGCAAAUUAUUGAGAAAGUCGUCAGCAAAUCUUGGAAAUGCUGA